CACACACCAUCGCUGGAUAAACCGGAGCCUGCUCCUUCUGAAAGGCACGUUUGGGAGAGAGAGAGACCUCCUGCGCGCUCAAACACCAGGCUGAAGGAGUUGAACCAUGAAGACCAGACUGGGCUGCCUGUCCAAUAAGUCGGACUCCUACAGCGACUUCAGCGAGUUCCUUCCCCCGGCUCAGGAGACCUCGGCCAGGUGUAUCAAGCUGUCGACAGACGAGGUCGUCCGAUGGUCUGAUUCCUUUGACGUCCUGCUUUCGCACAAAUACGGCCUCACUGCCUUCCGCGCUUUCCUCAAGACGGAGUUCAGCGAUGAGAACAUCGAGUUCUGGAUGGCCUGCGAAGAUUACAAGAAGAUCAAGAGCUCGGCCAAGCUGGUGUCGAGGGCCAAUAAGAUCUACCGGGAGUUCAUCGACGUCAAGGCUCCAAGAGAGGUCAACAUCGACUGCAGGACCCGUGAGGUGACCAGGCAGUGUUUGGAGGAGCCCAACUCCUCCAGCCUGAACGACAUCCAGGCCAAGGUGUACAGCCUGAUGGAGAAAGACUCGUACCCGCGCUUCCUCAGGUCGAGGAUGUACCAGGACAUCCUCAACAACACACGCUCACACUGCCAACGGAGGUCCGUGUGA